UGGCCUUUCGGGGGAGCGGGAGCAAGCAGAGGAUACCUGAACAUGGACACAUCUGUUAACCUGGAAACAAAAGCACUUCAGGACAAAUCCAGCCGUUUUGAACUCCUGGGCUGGCUUAACAGUUCACUGCAAACUAAGUUUAAUAAAAUCGAAGAAAUAUGCUCAGGGGCAUGCUUUUGCCAGUUGAUGGACUGGGUUUUUUCAGGCUCCAUCGACAUGAGCAAAGUGAAGUUUCAGUGUCGGGACCAGGAAGAUUUUCGCCACAACUAUAGUCUUCUGCAGAAUGCAUUCAGAAAAAUGGGUAUCACAAAAUCUAUCCCAGUGGAGGAACUCAUAAAAGGAAAAUUCAGGUCUAAUUUUGCUUUUUUGAAGUGGUUUCGAAUAUUUUUCAAUGCUCACAUGACUGGGCAGGUAUAUAACCCAAAGGAGUCACGUGAUGGACAAGAAAUUGCACCUGCACAGAUCCAUUUACGGGCUGCCCGAAGAUCCAAAUCAUCAGCAAACCCUAAUACCUCUGGAAAAGUGGAGGAUUCUGACUCAGAUGUGGAUGUUUCCAAAAAAGAGACCAUCAUUUAUGACCCACUGUGGCAAGAAACCUUCAAGUGGAUCAGGCCCAGCCCUAUGGGGGAUAACUAUGCAUUUUGUACAAUCUGUGACUUGAACAUCACUGUGUAUAAAUCAGGACUGCUUGAUUUGAAACACCAUAAGCAGUCUCAGAAACACAAAAUGCAAGAACUAAAGACGUUGAGAAAAGGAAAAGAGUUCAAGGAUUUCACAUGUAGUGAACUCAUGUUGCGCUUUAUUCAAACCCAUUGCCUGCCUUCAUGCAAGACGGUCUCCCAGCAUAUAGCCAGGCAUGUCCUUGGAUUACAAUACCCAGAAGACAUUUCUUCUACUGCAAAGCAGGUUCCUUAUUGUGUUUACCUUUAUGGACAAGUGCCACUAGGUAAAGAAAGUGAAAAAGAGGACUAUGGCUGUGUCGUACUUCUGGGAUUUUUUGAUGAAAAGGCUGCAAAACAUUGCAUAAGAAUUCUUGAUAUUUUUCAGCAUGUAGGCAAAGAUGAGGAAAUUGUUGAGUCUUUGGUGGACACCCUGAAAGGGUUUAAGAUACCUUUGAGCAACAUGGCAGCGUUCUAUGUUCAUGCCCAUGAUGAGCUCUCUGUAAAGGUUUCACUUCAACUAAGGAAACUCAAUCCAAAAGCGGUGGGUUUUGAUGGAAUUUAUAGCUUGGCAGACUCAGCCUGCUUUGCUGGUGUAAACGCCUUUUCUGACAAGGUUCAACAGCUUAUUGUUAAUCUCCAUGAACACUGUUUUACUUUUUGCGCUAAAAAUGACAAUCUUAUGGGAUUGUUUGCUGGUGGCCUUGAUGGCUCUGUCCAUUCUCUCUCCCAGAAAAGCAAAAAAUUUUGCGUCCUAAUUAACAAGAUGCUUGAAAUGUGGCCAGACUUGAUCUUAUACUUCACUUCUUGCAGUGACAAAGAUGACAAGGUUAAACACAUUUGUUCUCAAUUAGAGGAUCCAAAAGUCAGGAUUGCCUUCAUGUUUCUUGACCAUUCUCUUGCACCACUUAAAGCGUUUAAUGAUCAUCUGGAACAACGUGAAGGUUUUGCUCGUGCAGAUCUUGUUCAGAUUCUACGAGAAGCAAGUGGCCUGCUUCAAUCCUAUGCUUCAACAUUACUCCAUCCUCAGGCAGUGGCACGUUUUCUAAAGGAACAAGACCCCACUAUGCUCGAGGACCCAAAGCUGCAUCUUCCCAGCAAUGAACUGAGCUUUGGUGGGGAUGCAGUGGAAACCUUUCUGUCUGGGAGGGAAGAAGAGCUGGCUGACUUUCUGAAGGUAUUUCAGGAGGAGUGCAUGGCUUUUUAUAAAGCAGUUACAGCUUGCAUUCUUAAGGGGCUGCCUUUGAGUGAUAGUACCUUAAGGAGCAUGUCUCAACUUCUAAGCCAAGAGGGAUGGUUAAAGGUCACAAGCAAAGGUGUAGUAGAACUCGGUGAACAAUUUGGCCUCUCAGACAGCCCAGAGGUAUCUGUCCAACUCAAAGAGGAGUUUCUACAGUACCAGCUCAAUGAGGGAAAAAAAGAUGAAGGCAUUUCUGCGAAUGGACAAGAAGAAGGCCUAUCAGACUGCUUGCAUCCUCCUUCCUUGGAGAAUCAUUGGAGUGCUGUCCUGAAGACCACUGCUGAAACAUCAGUGUUCAGGAAACUUGUUCUUAAUCUUUUAGCUUUGCCCUGUCCACCCCUUGAAGCAGAGAAAGUGUUUUCUCAGGCAGUGGAGAAUGGUGAUAUUGACCAAUUGAAUGACCAUUUGGCAGACAGUGAGUCCGACACUCUCAAAGAAAUGGAGCCCAUUAAUGACGAUUCAUCCUCAGAAGUCUCCAGCACUAAGACAACACCUGUUAGAAACGGGAGGAAAAAGAAGACAUUAAAGAUGAGUGACCUUUCAGUCUCAGUGAAGCCAUGCACGGUGCGACUGCAGAAGAUAACCGAUAAGACAGGCAUGGAUAUAAACAAAGUUGGGGAUCAAGUCUUUACUGAGGAUGAUGUAGUCUGGACUAAGGAGGACUCCAUUAGGGGGAUUUAUGGUUGGCAAAGCAGUUUGAGACAAAAGCCACAGGCUCGCACUGUCUUUCAGGCUGGGUCAGGCACCUGGGCCAAACCACAAAGCAUCCAAUUGGAGAAGAAGGAUGAGGCGACAAUAAACAAUGAAGACAAAGCUCUUCCAAGCGUCGCUACACAAAGUCCCAAGCCUGGAAAGAGAGUUCCUAUGUACCAGGAUGGGAAGGGUUUUAGCGUUGGAGAGCUGGUGUGGGGGAAAGUGAAGGGUUUCUCCUGGUGGCCUGGACUUGUGGUGCCCUGGAUGACAAAGACAUCUCCCUCAUUUCUGAGACGUGUGGAAUGGUUUGGGGAUGGCAUGUACUCAGAGAUAUUUACAGAGAGGCUUUUGCCUUUUGCAGCAUUUGCAAAGUGCUUCUGCCAAAAUUCAUAUGCCAGUCUCCCCACUUACAAAGAUGCCAUUUAUCAAGUUCUUGAGUUGGCAGGUGAACGUUGCUCAAAGACCUUUGCAUCCGUUGGGGGCAAACAGAAAGAGAUAAAGGCCAUGCUGGAUUGGGCUUUUGGUGGCUUUCAACCCACAGGCCCUGAAGGAUUUGCACCUCCAGACACUUAUGCUUCAUCUGUCAAUCAGAAGGUUGAGUCUUCAGACUCUUCCGUGUCUGACUAUCAACCUCCAGCCAAAAGAAAAUAUGUUCACAGAGGCAGAGCUUCCACAACUCAGGAGUACUCAAGAGAGCAAAUGGUACAUGAACUUUCAGUAAAAGGGAAAAUAAUUGAAGAUUUCUGCCUCUCCUGUGGUAAUACAAACAUUGAAAUUUUCCAUCCACUCUUUGAUGGGAGCCUUUGUUUGAAAUGCAAGGAGAAUUUUACAGAGACUCUAUUCAGAUAUGAUGAAGAUGGAUAUCAGUCUUACUGUACUAUCUGCUGUGCUGGACAGGAGGUCAUUUUGUGUGGCAAUUCCAGCUGCUGCAGGUGUUACUGCAAAGACUGUAUAGAUGUGUUGGUUGGACCAGGCACAUUUGAUAAGUUAAAAGAUGUAGAUCCAUGGAGCUGCUACAUUUGCCUACCCCCUAACAAAUAUGGUGUGCUGAAGCUCAGACCAGACUGGAGUAUGCGUGUUCAGGAGUUCUUUGCCAAUAACAGUGCCUUUGAAUUUGAACCACACAGAGUUUAUCCCUCAAUUCCUGCUCACAAGCGUCGGCCUAUCAAGGUUUUAUCGCUCUUUGAUGGAAUUGCCACAGGCUACCUUGUUCUGAAAGAUCUAGGCUUCAAGGUAGAGCGCUACAUUGCUUCUGAGAUCUGUGAUGACUCCAUUGCUGUAGGGAUGGUCAAGCAUGAGGGAAAGAUUGAAUAUGUCAAUGAUGUGCGCACCAUCACCAGGAAACAUCUGGCAGAAUGGGGACCGUUUGACCUUCUGAUUGGUGGAAGUCCCUGUAAUGAUCUGUCCAUGGUGAAUCCAGCCAGAAAAGGGCUUUUUGAGGGCACAGGCCGACUGUUUUUUGAGUACUACCGUAUGCUUACUAUGAUGAGGCCGAAAGAAGAUGAUGACCGACCGUUUUUCUGGCUCUUUGAGAAUGUUGUGGCCAUGAGCGCACAUGACAAAGCAGAUAUUUGUCGCUUUUUGGAGUGUAAUCCGAUCCUAAUCGAUGCCGUUAAAGUGAGUCCAGCUCACAGAGCUCGCUACUUCUGGGGAAAUCUACCUGGGAUGAACAGACCACUAGCUAUAUCCCUAAAUGACAAAGUUGAUCUGCAGGACUGCCUGGAAGUCGGUCGGGUUGCUCAGUUUAAUAAAGUUCGCACCAUCACAACAAAAUCGAAUUCCAUUAAGCAAGGGAAAAUGGGGCCUCUUCCUGUUACCAUGAAUGGGAAGGAGGAUUACCUUUGGUGUACAGAGAUGGAAAGGGUGUUUGGCUUCCCUAAGCAUUACACUGAUGUGAACAACAUGGGUCGAGGCCAGAGGCAGAAGGUUUUGGGGCGUUCCUGGAGUGUUCCUGUGAUUCGUCACUUAUUCGCCCCACUGAAGGAUUACUUCGCAUGCGAGUCUUAGUUAUCCUUUAACUACUAUCCUCAAACAACCUGGAGAUUCUCGUUUCUUAGCAUUUUAAUGAGUUUUAGACGUUUUUGGUGCUUUGCAAACUUUGACCUCAGAACGUUUUUUUUUUUUUUUAACAUACUUUUAUUGUUUUAAAGUCAUCUGAUUCUUUUCUAGCUUGAUCAAGGUCUUCAGAAUGCACAGACACUUUUGGUUCUAUUUUAUACAUCUUAUGUACUGUUAAACUACUGUUGUUUAGACUGUCUUAAUGUAAAUGUUGUGCUAGAGAGAGCCACUGAAACCCCACUCCACUACCUCACUUAUAAUCUGUGACUGGUGCAUGGUCUGAAGAGAUGCUGUUUACCUAUUCAUACGCUAAUGAAUAACAGUGAGUUGGGGUUAUAGGCACUCUUAUCCGGUCAGGAAUUUUCACAUUUUUUAGGAUCAUGAAUUUUGGACAUAAUGCAUUUUCUGUCUCAGUUUACAUACUGCUUUUACACUACCAUCGCUGGUUGUCUUGACAAUGUUUAAUGUAUUCUAUUUUUAUAGUACAAAUCCCAGAACAGUUUUGAAGAAAGAGCAAACUAGAAUAAGUGAUAAGCCUCGACAAGUUGACAGCUUUACUUUUUAAGCUUUUGGUGCUGAUAACAAUUACUAAUGACUAGUUUUUCUAAAUAUAAAGAGGAAAAAAGGCAACUUCCUACAAAACCAUAAGUGCCCACAAGAGGGAUAUAUAUAUAUAUAUAUAUAUAUAUAUAUAUAUAUAUAUAUAUAUAUAUACAUACAUAUACAUACAUACAUAUACAUACAUACAUAUACAUACAUAUACAAGUCUACCAUUAUCACUGUAUUUUGAAUGUGUAAUCGGAUCACACCAACAGUUUUGUGCUUUGUUCAAAUUAUGAAACGGUAAAACAAUCUGUGAAUCCAAUUGUCCAUUCAGCAGUAAGGUGCUAUAAAUGUAGGUGCUAACAGAGCAGCAUUUGCUUGGUGCAUGGUGCUUAUUCUAUAAAAUUUGUAUAAAGGUGUAUUUAUUCUUUCUACAAAAUGAUGUCAGUCAGUAACUGUUUACUAGCAUUAUCUUUUAAUUGGUUAGAGAAAUGCUUCAUAACAGAAUGCUGUCGUGUAAUAUUAAAUGUUUAAUAUGAAAAUUUGGUAAAAUGCAUGGGUUUUGAUGCAAGAUGCAUGAGAUCUAACUAGCUGAAGUGUGAAGUUAAUUAAGGAAUAUGACUUAAUGUAUAAGUAGUUUUUGUUGUGUUUUUAAUAAUUUCCUUAUGUUUUGAGAAGGAGUUUAGUCCUGUCCUUUUUGACUUUUAUACUGAGCAAUUAUGUUUUAAACUGGCUUUUUGUCUGGAGUCUCAUUGCCAGAUGCUGAUCAUUGAUGUCCCAACUAGUUUUGGUCUUUUAAAGUGCCGAACCUAAAAGCCAUGUAAAAAACAUCACAACAAAAAAAAUAAACAGGCCAUAGUAUACAUUUUUAUAUUGUAACUCAAUGUUCUGUUCAUUUUGUACAUGUGAUGAAACUAGCAAAUAAUAAAUUGUUUUAACAUGC